AUGGGGAAAAGGAAAAAUAAAGACGCUAAAAAGAAAGUCAACUUAGUUUUUGAUGAAUCUAAGAGAAAGGAUUUCCUAUGUGGGUUUCGCAAAAGGAAGUUAGAAAGAAAAAAGAAGGCACAGGAGGAAUUGAAACAACUUUUAAAACAAGAAAAGAAACGGAUAAAACAAGAGAAUAAAGAAUCGUACAAAAAGCUGGUAGUGUCAAGCCGACCUAUUCCAGACAUAGAGCAACUUUUACAAGAAGAGUAUGAAGACGAGGAUGUAAACGUUAAAAUAGUGGAACUCUCAGCGGAUACUUUGCAGAAGAAGGACUUAGUGAUAGGUGAAAAUAAACCAAAAGAAAAAGUACAGACACCUAAGAAUAAAAAUAAAAACAAAGAUGCAGAAAGAGCAGCAGUGGUUCCUGGCAUGGGUUCAGAUGAAGAAAGUGUGGAGGAGGAAUCGGAAGGUGAGGAAGAUGAAGAUAAUAAAAUAAAAACAAAGAAAGAAAUAAAAAGCAUGUUGAAGAAACAGGCAACCAAGAAAAUACAGAAAAGUAAAGUAUUCCAAAUGAAAAGCAAAUUAGAUAGAAUUCAGAAUAAAAAGAAGUCAUUACAAAAGAAAGGACAUAUGAGAGGAAAAGCUGAUUCAAAGAAAGGUCAUGGAAAGUCUAAGGAUAACCCAAGAAAAGAUAAAUCAAAGAAAAAAGUUGGUAGGAGAAAACAUUGA